UUCCAUUUAUUUUUUCAAAAUUGGUAUUUGUCCUUCUUUACACAAAAUCAUAAUAUUGAUAUUUAUAUUUUUACGAGUUAAUGUGUUAACAAUUUCAUCCGAUAAAAAUAAAGCAAUGCCAGAUCCCAUUGAACCAGUGCCCGGUUUGAAGCAGAAAAAAGUGUUUAAAAUUAUAGUUCUGGGUGAUUCUGGAGUUGGAAAAACAUGCCUCACUUUUCGCUUCUGUGAGGGGCAGUUUCUUGAUAAAUCCGAGGCUACAAUCGGUGUGGACUUCAGGGAAAGGACCAUACGCAUAAGCAAUGAAGAUAUCAAGUUACAACUUUGGGAUACAGCAGGGCAGGAGAGGUUCCGCAAGUCGAUGGUGCAGCACUACUACAGGAAUGUGCACGCUGUGGUCAUUGUUUACGAUGUCACCAAACCAGAGACUUUUCAUUCGAUAGCAAGCUGGAUGCAAGAGGUGGAGUCGCACGGGCUGAUGGGCUCGCCGCGUGUACUCGUGGGGAACAAAUGUGACUGCGGUACUCCGGAGUCUCGCCUGGCCACCACCUAUGCGCAGCGCCUCGCAGACAAGUACGGCAUGCCGUUAUUCGAAACAUCGGCGCUACUGGACUCUGAAUGCAACAACGUGGAGGCAAUAUUCAUGACGCUCGCGCACAAACUGUACUCCAAGCAGCCGCUGCGCGUGGUCAGCGUUGAGGGCGAACGCGUUCCAAGGCUGGUUACUCUAUCUCGACAAAAGAGGAGUAAUAACAUAAAUCAUGACAGUUGUCUUUGUAGCUAAACUAGGUAUACGUUAUAGAA